UUGCAGGCUGUCAGGCUGUCUAGUCACAGAGGAAGGCUGUGCUUCUCUGGUCUCAGCUCUGAGGUCAAACCCCUUACACCUCAGAGAGCUGGACCUGAGCUACAAUCACCCGGGAGACUCAGGGGUCAGACUGCUCUCUGCUGGACUGGAGGAUCCACACUGCAGACUGGAGAAACUCAAUGUGGAACAUGGUGGAGAGGACAGAAUGAAACCUGGGCUUAGAAAAUAUGUCUGUGAUCUCACACUGGACCCAAACACAGUACACAGACUCCUCUCUCUGUCUGAGAAGAACAGAAAGGUGACUUGGAGGAGAGAGGAGCAGCCGUAUCCUGAUCACCCAGAGAGAUUUGAGGUCUGGAAACAGGUGCUGUGUAGAGAGGGUCUGACUGGGCGCUGUUACUGGGAGGUAGAGUGGACUGGGAUAAUGGGGGCUGGUAUAGGAGUGGCAUAUAAAGGAAUCAGCAGGGGAGGAGGGGAUAAUGACUGUUGUCUUGGAUACAAUGACAAGUCCUGGAGUCUGUUCUGCUAUGACAACCGUUACUCUGCCAGGCACAAUGAUAAUUACACUACCAUAGAUGUCCACCCCUCCAGCUCCCACAGAGUAGGAGUGUAUCUGGACUGGCCAGCCGGCACUCUGUCCUUCUAUAGAGCCUCCUCUGACACACUGACCCACCUGAUCACAUUCACCUCCACAUUCACUGAGGCCCUCUAUCCAGGGUUUAGGCUUUGUUAUGACUCCUCAGUGUCCCUCUGUCAGUGAUACACACACACACACACACACACACACACACACACACACACACACACACACACACACACACACACACACACACACACACACACACACACACACACACACACACACA